AUGAGUCUCGAGCGAUUGAGCACGCGCGGACUCGAUCAAAACGACUGGGAGAUCACAAGUACACCGAAUCCUGCCGGGAGGACCAACCUGAUUGCUGUUGCUAUGGCCAGCACCGUUCAACCAAAAUUAACAUCGAAGAACAGAAACCAUAGUAAACCAGUAAUCUUCACCAAGGAAUCUUGCGAUAUUUGUCGACAACAGAAGGCUAAUUGUGAUGGCGAGCAACCUUGCUCAAGAUAUAUCUCUUGCGGAGGACACUACAACUACGAUAUUCGACCGCGGGACAAGCUUCAACCCGGACUUCAAGAACCAGCAGGCCUUGAGAAUCAACCUCGCGUCUUUCUGGAGGCCUUUACAUCGCUAAGCCCAAAGCCACCCCAGUCUUGUUUGGACUACGGCGUCCAGUUUGAUACGGUCCACGAAAGCAUCGACUGUCGCAACAUCCUUUUGCCCUCAGAUGCUCUUGAACAAAUCCCCAAUGACAAAGACAAAUCGCUUAUGAUGCUUCUACCAACCACCUCGCUGGACACCAAGCUCAACCACUCUAUCGCUUCACCUUGCGAACCCAUAGAGAGCGUCCACGACCAGGUAUCUGUAGCUUACCAGGCCCCAUCAUGGGGUGGAAUACAAUCUUACGACUCAAUGGUACGACGGUGUUCUACGAAUCCAUUUGAUGUACAGGUAUCGCCGAGGGAUAUGACUUACUACAACGAUACAAUCUCGAGCUCUAGUACUCCGCGGUCAAACAGCAUGGACGGAAAUGCGAUAUCCGUGGAUUCAAAUGCACUUCACGGAAACCUCUGCAAUACUCAGCCCACCAUAGAGUUUGGCCCAGUCGACUGGUGGACUUCAACUAAUCUCCAACCUACAACACCAUACUUCCCUCUAGACUCUGGCAUGGAUUCGACUUUCUGGGACUAUUCCAAUGCUCCCGGUUUGUUGCAGCCACGCAUGCCCAUGGUCUAUUCCCUCCCAUCUACUACACAAUCCCCGACCAGCAUCAAUUCAUCCUAUGGAUUUACAUCUCCUGCGAGUGGAGAGACUACAGGUCGUCAAAGUUUCGCUUCUAGCGAAGGAAUGGACGAACGAGAAGUUGACGAGGAGCGUGCACCUCCUAACAAGAAGAGAAAGUCGAACAACGAUGUUGUCGAGAAAUUUCAACAAGCGCCUGGCAAGCCAGUCUUGCAGAGGCGCCAUAGUACUAUUCCCGCUACACAGCCGCCGGCUCUCGGCCGCGAACGUCAUAGGCGAGCGUCGGCCCGCAAUUGGCAGAAGCAGAAGCAGCAGAGUGCCGACCUCGAGUCAGCCAAAGAUACCGCCGAGGCUCGCAAUCGGGAACUUCACCAAGAGCACUCGAAAAUUCUGAACCAGGUCAUGAGCCUCAAGAACGCUCUCAUGGAUCACGCCGAGUGCAACCACCCGGCUAUCAACGGGUGGCUCCGCUGCCAGGCGGCUAAUUAUGUUCUCGCUAAGGGUGGAUCAGUCGACAUGGGAUGGAAGGGUGAGGUUGAAUCUAAUGCGGGUGAGCUGGCGAUGACGGGUUACACUCCGGGCUGGACUGGGACUCCAUGUGCUUGA